GGCUGCUGCUACGCCGGGUCCAGGGUGUACAGAGGGACGCAAUGGCUACGUGGGCCAAGCGGCUAGCAGGCGUGCGGGGUGUGCUGCUUGACAUCUCCGGCGUGCUGUAUGACGGCGGCGCAGGCGGCGGAACCGCCAUUGCGGGCUCCGUGGAGGCGGUGGCGAGACUGAAGCGGUCCUCAUUGAAGGUGAGAUUCUGUACCAAUGAAUCCCAGAAGUCCCGGACAGAGCUGGUGGGGUUGCUUCAGCGACUGGGGUUUGACAUCUCAGAAGACGAGGUGACUGCCCCUGCACCAGCCACCUGCCAGAUCCUGAAGGAGCGAGGCCUGCGGCCACACUUGCUCGUCCAUGACGGGGUCCGCUCAGAAUUUGAUGACAUUGACAUGUCCGACCCAAACUGUGUCGUGAUUGCGGAUGCUGGUGAAAACUUUUCCUAUGAGAACGUGAACAGAGCCUUCCAAGUGCUCAUGGAGCUGGAAAACCCUGUAUUCAUAUCUCUGGGAAAGGGACGCUACUACAAGGAGACCUCUGGCCUGAUGCUGGAUGUUGGAGGCUACAUGAAGGCGCUUGAGUAUGCCUGUGGUAUUGAGGCUGAAGUGGUGGGGAAACCUUCCCCUGAGUUCUUCAAGUCUGCACUACAGGCCAUAGGGGUGGAGGCUCACCAGGCCAUCAUGAUCGGCGACGACAUCGUGGGUGACGUUGGCGGUGCCCAGCAGUGUGGAAUAAGAGCACUGCAGGUGCGGACUGGAAAGUUCAGGCCUGGUGAUGAGCAUCAUCCGGAAGUGAAGGCUGAUGGGUACGUGGACAACCUUGCCGAGGCUGUGGACCUGCUGCUGCAGCACCUGGACAAGUGACAGCCCUCCAGAGACAGUGGACAAGUGUACUACCCUGCGCCCAUGCUCCUUUCCACCACAGUGUCCCUCUUCCCAUACUUCCAGGCCCCAGACUACCCAGAUCUCUGCUAGUCCUGCCCUCUGCCCACUGCUGGUAUGGGCAGGUGCAGACAGUUCUGGGAUGCUUGUCCCUGGGCCAGAGCCAGCCACACCCUUCCACAACCUCCCUCAACUAGCUCCCUGUCACAUCCCUCCCUCCUCAGCCUCUGGACAGAGAUUUGUUCCCUACCCACAUGACCUUCUCCCUUUCCUGGUCCAUGCCAUGUUUCCCAUAGUGACAUCCAGGAAGGUAGAAGAGACCUGUCAGACCUCCAUAAAAUGGAACCCUCAGACAUGGGCUGGAAGGUU